GGUUUAAGCCUUCAAGGCUCUGAGGCUAAAUGAUCUUCUGCGACAGGAGGAGGAACAAAGAACACGCUGCGGUAGAAUUUGAUUGUUGAAGUACACUGCGUUUUCUUUGCUUAUGCUAGUAGUUUGCUCGGAUUUGGCUAAAGGUGAAAUCAAACGGUGCAAAUGGAUGUGUUAGAGUUCAGGUAUUUCUACCUCCACCUCUUGACUGGUUUUGCUUACCAAGUGUUUGUGAUAAUGUCUGUGUGAGCAACUUCUGCACAAUCUUUUUCUUUUUUGGGGUAUGUGAUUGGAUAUAUGAUCACUGUGUGAUAACUGAGCUGAAAAGAAAGAUGUACCCAUCAUUAUCUGUCUCUUCUCAGAAGGGUUGUUUUCCUAGUUCUACCUUUCUUCAGCCAACUUUUCCUCCAUGGAAGCGUAGAACUUUGCUCCGAACUUGUCCAAUUAGUAACAACAAACAGCCCAGAAAUCUCAGUUUCGCAAUCUCUUGUUCUGCUCCCAAAAUUGUUCGCAGCCCUUCACUUGACAGGCACGUUGUGAAGCAGAACAGGAUUCGAUUUGUUCAAAAGCUGAAAACUUUACUUCUUUCCAAGCCAAAACACUAUAUCCAUCUACGCAUCCUCUCCAAAUGCCGUGCUUAUCUAAACCUCGAGAGGCCUCGCUCCAUUCUAUCGAUGAUCCAUCGUUACCCUUCUAUUUUUGAAGUCUUCAAUAUGCCAUUACCCCCCACGCCUCUCAAUGCCACCAAGUCAGGUUACCAGCUUUGUGUCAGGCUAACCCCAGCUGCAGCAGCCCUUGCCACACAGGAAUUGAAUCUGAAAUCAGCUAUUUCCAUCAACUUGGCCACCAAACUUCAGAAACUUCUCAUGCUCUCCUCUCACCACCGGCUUGUUUUGUCAAAGCUGGUUCACCUCGCCCCAGACCUUGGCCUGCCUCCUAAUUUUCGGUCUCGCCUGUGUAAUGACCACCCGGAUAGAUUCAAGAUUGUAGACACCUCCUACGGCCGUGCACUUGAACUUGUUGGUUGGGAACCAGAGCUGGCGAUGACAAUGCCAAUUCCUGAUGUCAAGUCUCUUGGGUUCAUAGUAGACAGGCCUUUGAAGUUCAAGCAUUUGAAAUUGCGUAAAGGACUGAACGUUAAGAGGCGUCAUAGGGAUUUUCUAAUCAAGUUUCAAGAGUUGCCUGAUAUAUGCCCCUUUAGCACGUCCUUAGAAGAAUUUGCUAAAGAGUCCAUCCAGGCAGAAAAAAGGGCUUGUGGGGUAGUGAGGGAGGUGUUAGGGAUGACAGUUGAGAAACGGACUCUGAUAGACCAUUUGACACAUUUCAGGAAUGAAUUUGGACUGCCCAAUAAGUUGAGAGGGAUGAUUCUGAGGCAUCCGGAGUUGUUCUAUGUGAGCUUGAAAGGACAGAGAGACUCUGUGUUCCUGGUGGAGGGGUAUGAUGACAAAGGUGUAAUUCUAGAGAAAGAUGUAACUUCAGUGAUAAAAGAUCAGUGGAUGCAGUUGGUUAGCAAAAGCAAGUGGAUGAGACGAGAGAGAAGAAAUAGUAGCAUGUACAACAAUGUUGGCAACUCUGAUGAUGUCGCUAACGCUGAUGAAGUUGAUGACUAUGGCGAUGAUUAUGAUGAUGGUUUUGAGACUUUGUUCGACUCUGACGAAUCGGAUCUGCAUUUUGAUUUUGACAAUGAUGACGACCCAAGUGCUGGGACAUGGGAUCAUGGAGAAUUUUGGACAGUAGAUGGUUCAUCAAUCCUGGCUUCGGAGGGACAAGGAUCAAUGGAACCUUGGUGAUGGUGAAUUGGUGUUACCAUAAUAAAGCUAUAGACUGGUAAAUAUUCCUUGUGACAAAAAAGGAAACAGAUCCCUGUAUCUUUUGCCAUAAAGAAAACAGCUUAAGUUUUAGCCGAAGUACUGUACAUGAUAUUCUUUCUAUAUCAAUUUUUCAACAAGCUGUUAUAAUUAGCUCAAUCAAUAUACUCCUGAGAUUAUAUUA